UCUUCCAGUUGCUGAAGAAUCGUCAUCCAACUGCCGUAGAUCAUGGCGCCCAAAACGUUGAUCUGGAAGGUUAUUAUAUUGGCAGCUGCUUGUACAGGUUUUGUUCUGGACGAAGUUGAAAGUCACUCGAGCAGCAGUGAUGAGCGCGCUGACUGUCCCUACCUGCAGCUGGGAGACCAGUGUCUGCUGUUCGUUAACUUCCAGAAUGACACCCGUGAUGUCGCCCAGGCACUAUGCCAAGGUUUUGGGGGAAACUUGGUCGUUAUCAAGACUGCCACGCAACUGAAAGCCAUCAUGGACUACCUCUAUACUGUUGGAGACAUCUCAAACUCCUACUGGAUUGAUGGCAUGUUGGACAACAGCCUGGGCAGCUUCACCUAUUCAUCAGGGGAGUUAGUGCCCAUGGGCACGCCGUUCUGGCGGGCAUUGACCACCUCUUUCGAACCUACUGGUGACGGCCCUUGCAUUCAGCUUUACCAAAUUGGGCAUCACUACCUGAAUGACAUAUCUUGUGAUCGCUUCUUUUUCCCUCUAUGUGAAUUUCCUUUCUCCUCAGCAAAUGAAGAGUCAGAGGAGGCGGUGCAGGAGGUGGUGUGCGAGGCACCGUUCACUGCCGUGGGAGACAUGUGUCUCACCUUCCUCACCCAGGAACACAUGUCCUGGGAGGAGGCUGUGGGCACCUGCACCCUGCUGGGGGGACACUUGGCCAUGUUUGACGACAUCGAGAUGCUCAGAAGCAUUUACUUACAUAUACACGACCAAGCAAUAGAGAGCAAAUCGUUCUGGCUGGCGGGCUCAGAUAUGAUUACGGAAGGAACCUGGCUGUGGACCAAUGGCAACCCCGUUCCUAUGGGUUCACCUUUCUGGGGGGCCUCGUAUCCUGCUCCCUGGAUAGAACCCCAUAUGAACCCUACUCUAAACUGCCUUGGUCUACAGACCCCCGGAAGGCAUUACUUUAGGGCUGUGGACUGCCAAACCUUACAGUACCCACUGUGCAUGGCUUCCUAGCCCAAUGGGUUAAGUAGUCACUUGCAGGGAAAAAUGAGGUCAUGUCGUCUACCUGGGGCCUUGACUACAGCAUGUUACGUCUAUCUGGAAGCCUCACCUCUGCUGGCCUCGACAACAGUAUCUCCAUUGCAGAAAAUGCUGAAGCUUGUUCAGCUUUUACAUGGCAUAAAUAUAUUGAUUAUAAUUCAAA